UAGGGUGGAUCAUGAGCAGGGUUGUUUUACAGUUUUUUUGGAUUGCAUUAACACUAAAAUCAAAAGUUGUAAACAAUUAUAAAAACCUUACAUUCAAGGAGCAAAACUCCGGGCCAGAUUAGCACAACUAUAAGCACAAUGUCAGCUUCACACUUUCUGCAAAUGACUGCACACAGUAAACUGCAAAACACUAAACACACUUGUAUACAUUAGACACAGAUGCAUAUCAUGAUGUCACUUCCUUGCAAAUUCCAAAGCACUGACUUUCAAAUGACCACACUCAUUAUCUAAUUGGUUAAACACAACACUCAGGUGCACCAACACAUGACUGCGUAAUUGUAGACACACAAAUCAGGUUCAAGCACUACAAAAAGGCAGCAGGUGAGUUCACCUGUCUUCUACCACAAUGGAAUGAGUAAGACGAGGAAGAGUCAGAAUGAGAGGAGGAAUUCAAAGAGAAGGAGAAGGAGGUGAAGGCAGAGGCCAUGCCAGAGGUCAAGGUGGAGGUGGAGGUAGAGAAGAGGAAGAGGCAGAGGAAGAGGAAGAGGAAGACUGGAAGCAGGAACACAUGCCCUAAGAAGGAGAGGACCAAAUUUAUCAAAUGAAAUUCGGGCAACAUUAGUUGACCAUGUGGUGAACCACAGACUGAUGCUGAGGGAGGCUGGACUGGGAGUUCAGCCAAAUCUUAGCAGAUAUACAGUGGCAUCUGUGAUCAGGACAUUUCGACAAGAAAACAGAGGAUUCAGGGGCGAGAGCGACAAGGAGGGAGGGGCCUAUUUUCACACAAGAACAAGAAAGAGCAAUAAUAAACAUGGUUCUGGCCAAUAAUGCAAUAACUCUCAGAGAAAUUCAAGUCAACAUCAUUGGCGACGAUGGCAUUUUCAGUAAUGUUCAUCAGGUCUCUCUCUCAACACUGGCACGCAUCCUGAAAAAAAAUCAACUUCAAAUGAAACAACUGUAUCGAGUGCCUUUUGAGCGGAAUUCGGAGAGGGUCAAACAACUGCAGCAUGCAUAUGUGGAGAGAGUUUUACAGAUGGAUGCUGAAGAAAUCCCACAUGAGUUUAUCUACAUGGAUGAGGCAGGGUUCAACCUCUCAAAAUCAAGAAGGAGAGGCAGAAACAUUGGCCACAGGGCUAUAAUCAACGUCCCAGGACAGCGUGGGGGUAACAUCACCCUCUGCGCUGCCAUUACACAGAAUGGGGUCCACCUCCGUCAUGCCAAUAUGGGCCCUUAUAACACAGCUCACAUUCUAACAUUUCUGGACCAACUGCACAACAUCCUCACAGUGAACCAAAUACAACAGAUGCAAUACAUUGUCAUCUGGGACAAUGUAUCAUUCCACCGCUCUGCUCAGGUCCAUAACUGGUUUCAGCAAAAUCCUCAGUUUUCUGUGCUAUACCUUCCACCUUACUCUCCAUUUCUAAAUCCAAUCGAGGAGUUCUUCUCAACAUGCCGGUGGAAGGUGUAUGAUCUGCAGCCCCAGGCUCAAGUGCCCCUCACUGAGGCCAUGGAGGAGGCCUGUGACCAAAUUGACGCCAUAGCCAUUCAAGGAUGGAUUCGACAUGCACGGCGGUUCUUCCCUCGUUGUCUUGCUAAUGAAGAUAUCGCCUGUGAUGUCGAUGAAAUUCUCUGGCCUGAUCCAGCUCGGCGAAGAGAUAAUCCCUAAUAUUUUCCCUGCUGUAUU